GAAAAGGAAUCGUAUCGCUAUGUCCUCUAUCCAGAACCUCCACUCUUUCGACCCCUUUGCUGAUGCAAGUAAGGGUGAUGACCUGCUUCCUGCUGGCACCGAGGAUUAUAUCCAUAUAAGAAUUCAACAGAGAAACGGCAGGAAGACCCUUACAACUGUCCAAGGGAUCGCUGAUGAUUACGAUAAAAAGAAACUAGUGAAAGCAUUUAAGAAGAAAUUUGCCUGCAAUGGUACUGUGAUUGAGCAUCCAGAAUAUGGAGAAGUAAUUCAGCUCCAGGGUGACCAGCGCAAGAACAUAUGCCAGUUCCUGCUAGAGAUUGGACUGGCUAAGGACGAUCAGCUGAAGGUUCAUGGGUUUUAAGUGCUUAUGGCUCUCUGAAGUAUAAGUGAGGAUUUCCUUGCAAUGAGUAUU